CCUACACCACCAACCACCGUAUCUUUCCUCCUCUCUCCUCUCUCUCAUUGUCUUUAAUUACACUUUCCUGCAAUUUACAGAAAAAAAAAGAAACGCGUUCUCGUUUCUACACUUCUCCUUUUAACAAUUCGUUCACUCAAAUUCCCUCUUCUCUUAGCCACACGCUCCGUUUCUACAAUAUUUUUCGUUUUCGUUGUUUGAAAUGUAGUUAUUACUUUCCCUCUAUUUACAGUUUUUGAGGCAAAUGUGAGUUAGUAUAAAUGUUCUUGUUAUUCUCGGAAUGCGUUAAACUUCAAGCUCCUGUAUUGAUUUUUGUGUGUGUUAGGGCUUUUGUUCUGAGCUUCUUAAGCUGAAAACUCGUUUUUCUGAAUUGAAAUCCUUUAAUGGUGAUUAAAAAUGCCUACCAUUAGAGCUCCAGCUACCAAAAGAAGUACAACUCUUACGGUUGCUGUGAAGUGUAGACCGUUAACCGAGAGAGAGCGUGGUCGUAAUAUUGUUCGUGUUAAUGACAAUAAGGUGCUGUCUGCCUUUUCUUUUUUUUAAAAUUCUGAUUUGGAUUCUUUUUUGUUGUUAUGAUUGUGAAUGAAAUUCUGAUUUUGUAUUCUUUUUUGUUGUUAUGAUUGUUAAUGAGGAAAAAUUGAAGCUUUUUUUUGGGUGUAGGAGGUGAUUAUACUGGAUCCUGACUUGUCAAAGGACUAUCUUGAUCGUAUACAGAAUCGAACUAAAGAGAAGAAAUAUUGUUUUGAUUAUGCAUUUGGUCCUGAUUCUACUAAUUUGUGGUAAAACAUAUACAAUGGUUGGGACCCAAGAUGAUCCUGGACUUAUGGUUCUCAGUUUGCAUGCCAUUUUUGAUCUUAUAAAAAAGGAUAAGAGCUCUGAUGAAUUUGAAGUCUCCUGUUCCUACCUUGAAGUCUACAAUGAGGUUAUCUAUGAUUUGCUUGAGAAAUCAUCAGGUCAUUUGGAACUUCGAGAGGAUCCAGAGCAAGGAAUAAUUGUUGUGGGGUUGAGAUGUAUUAAGGUUCAAUCUGCUAACAAGAUUCUUGAACUAUUGAACAUGGGAAAUAGUCGGCGGAAGACAGAGAGCACAGAGGCUAAUGCAACAUCAUCUCGAUCACAUGCUGUUUUAGAGAUAAUUGUGAAAAGAAAGCGGAGAAACAAGUAUCGGAAUCAAGUAAUGAAAGGUAAACUUGCGCUUGUGGAUCUUGCUGGCAGUGAAAGAGCAUCUGAAACAAACAGUGGAGGCCAAAAGCUAAGAGAUGGAGCUAAUAUUAACCGUUCCCUUCUUGCUUUAGCAAACUGCAUUAAUGCCUUGGGGAAGCAACAAAAGAAGGGUCUUGCUUAUGUCCCUUACCGCAACAGCAAAUUAACACGUAUACUUAAAGAUGGUCUGAGUGGUAAUUCUCAGACUGUCAUGGUUGCUACAAUAUCCCCUGCAAACAACCAGUAUCAUCAUACGAUAAAUACCUUGAAAUAUGCUGACCGAGCAAAGGAAAUAAAGACGCAUAUUCAGGAAAACAUUGGCACAAUUGAUACCCAUGUGUCAGAUUACCAGAAGAUGAUUGACAAUCUUCAGAUUGAGGUUUGUCGUUUGCGAAAAGAAUUGGCUAAUAAGGAAUCCUUACUAAGUGUCAAACCUGCUGAAAAAGCUGUAGAUGAUGAGCUUUCGUGGUUGAAUAUUUUGAGCUGUGAAACCAGUGAAAAUGUUCAGGAAAGAAUAAACUUACAGAAGGCAUUGUUUGAACUUGAGGAGACUAAUCUUCAUAACCGCAUUGAACUCCAACAUCUUGAUGAUGCCAUUGCAAAGCAACAGGCUAUUGAAAAGGAAGGAGCAGUUGUAGAGGCUUUGAGGGCAAGGCGGCAAGUCAUUCUUGAUAACAUCCGUGACAACGACGAGGCUGGCAUUAAUUAUCAAAAGGAAAUUGAAGCAAAUGAGAAGCACCGGUGCCAACUCCAAGAUAUGAUUGAGAAAGCAAUUAGUAAGGAUGGUAAUAAAACGUAUUUGCGCAUUCUUAGCCAGUAUAGGCUUCUGGGCAUGGCUAAUACUGAGCUUCAGUUUGAAAUGGCAAUGAGGGAUCAAAUCAUCCACAAUCAACGACAGGCACAAAGAAAACUGUGGAACUUGCUUAUGGGGCUAGGACUUGAUGAGAAACGCGUAUUGGACCUUGCAGUGAAACACGGAAUAAUAAUUGAAGAUUGGACAAUGAUCCCCCAUCUGGGGGUUGCAAAUAAGCAGUCACCGUAUUCUGAUUCUGCCUUGGGCAGGUAUCCUUCCACAGGAAAUAGUCCUUGUAUUGGUCAAUCCUUUUCUGGAGCCCACGUCUUCCAACAGUUUCAAGACUUUGGCUCAAGGUCAUUUUCCAAGGGGCCUUGGGAUGCCAGUCGGGCUUUUUGCAGGGAAGAGCACUAUAGUUCCUAUUACAUGCCGUCUCAUGAUCAAUCACCCCCAGCAUAUCUGAGGCUGAGGAAGAGUACUGAUCACUGGGCUGGUAAUUUUCCAGGUUCCUGGUUUGGCACUCCUACUAAGCGUCCUCAAGAUUUGUGCAGUUCAUGCCCAGAGUUGGGAACUUGGGCUUCCCCUUGUAAGGAUGGCUUUCAAUCAGCUUCACCUUUCAGGGCUGAUUUUAGCCAUCAGCUUGAGGAUGCAUGGAACAAUGCUUCAAGGCAGCAUCUAUUUGAAGCUCCUCUUUCUGGAAUGAGUCAUAGCCAAGAGUUGCAAAAACGAGCAAUGAUGAGCUAUGGUGGAACAGCCAGAGGCUUCUUCGGACACAACAACCCUUUAGAACAGGCCUCAGGGCUGCACAGUUCAAACCAUAUUUUUCAGCACACUGAACCAUCUAGUGGCCAAAAUCUAUCACACAUUCCUUCAUUCUCUACUGCAGGGCAGAUCUCUUUUGUAACUCCUAGUUCUGGCACCAGAAUUCACCCCUCUAAUUUUGUAUAGCACUCGUGUAUUUUUGUGCCCUUCUGUGCUAUUUCCCCCUUACCUUUGUUCUGAUUUUCCCCCCCAUUCAGAUGUACAUAACUGAAGUAGCAUAGGAGUAUUCUUGUGUAGGCGGAGUAGGCAGGAGAUUCUUUUGUUUCCCCUUUCAGCUGAAGGAAACGGAGGAGGAAACCAGAGGUUUUAGUUUGUAAGUAGCUGGAUGUACGUUCGAACAUGCUAACGUGUUGAAUAUUGUUCAUACCACGUUUAUGUAUAUAUUUUUGGAAAAUUUCAUA